AUGCCUCACGAGCCCGCCAAUCAGUGUGCCUGUCACCGGGGAAUGACCCAUCCAGAGGCUCCAUUUUCACCGCUAGAUCCACUGCAGCAGCGUCCACAAGGCUGCCUUGUUUCUGUCCGCUUGAGCUGUCAGCUCUGGGGCAUUCCAGACAAUUUCCAGAAUUCUUCCCACGAAGCGACAGCACGGGAGGUGUUUUCCCAAGUGUUAGUCUCAGCUAGUGCCGAUCUCCACCAUGGUCUGUCUCUCUCUCUUUCCCCUCCCCAGGCUACCGCGAACCGGAGAGAACACACUCACGGAUUGCUUAUAAUAGCAACCGCGGAAGGCGAUGCGCUGCGGAUGGUGUUGAAUGCGAGACCAACACAACAGCGACUGACACAGAGAGCCCGUCUCAGACGGCCUUCCCAAUUGGGACGCCGCCCAAUGGCCCACUUGAGGCUCUUGAGCUCGACCAAUGACAUCAUGGCCCUUCACGUGCCCCGUGCCAAGAGGGCUGGCCGGCACGCGCUUCCGAGCACAAGGAGAAUGGGAAUUCCUACUGGGAAGCAUACGGGCAAGAACCAUGCUGCGACGAGUCUUGCUCCGAAGACCGUCCUUUUCUUCAUUAUCUAG